UCCCUUUCGUGGCCUCCUCCUGCCCCCACCUUUGGGGCCUUCCGCACCCGAGACUGGGGGUGGCCGGUGAAGGGACUGGGGGCUCCUCCUCCGGAGCCCCAUGAACGAGGCAGUGAGUCAGAAGGGGAAGGGGAAGUAGGGGGCCUCGGCUGGGGGCUGGGCUUUCCGCUGGGUGGGACCUGAGUCCCUUGCCCGCCCGAGGGUGCUCCCUGCCCCAGCCCCUGAAAGCAGAUCCCGCCUGAGCCAUGGCCCCAAGACUUGUCCUGGUCCUCACCCUCACCCUCUGGUUGGGUUGCUCACUUUGCUGCUGGAGAGAAGCAGCUCCCACCCAGCCCAGGGUGCGGUGCCAGGCCUCUAGGUACCCGAUCGCAGUGGAUUGCUCCUGGACCCUGCCUCCCACUCCAACCUCCUCCAGGCCCACGUCCUUCAUUGCCACGUACAGGCUUGGCGUGGCAGCCCAUGGGGAGAGCCGGCCCUGCCUCCAGCGGACACCACACGCCACCAGCUGCAUCAUCCCUGACAUCCAGAUGUUCUCCAUGGUGCCCUAUGUGCUCAACAUCACGGCUGUCCACCCCCGAGGCGUCAGCAGCAGCUUCGUGCCGUUUGUCCCGGAGCACGUCAUCAAACCGGACCCUCCAGAAGGUGUGCGCCUGAGCCCCCUCCCUGGGCAGCGGCUCCGGGUGCAAUGGGAACCCCCCCGCUCCUGGCCCUUCCCAGAGAUCUUCUCACUCAAGUACCGGAUCCGCUACAAGCGUCAUGGAGCUGCCCGCUUCCGCCAGGUGGGACCAAUUGAAGGCACAUCCUUCACCCUCAAGGCUGUGAGGCCCCAAGCCAAGUACUGCAUCCAGGUUGCUGCUCUGGACCUCACUGACUACGGGGAAUCGAGCGCCUGGAGUCUCCCCGCCGUUGCCUCCGUGACCCUGGGCAAGUAGUGGGGGUUCCCUGCACCCCUGAAGAGGGGCUGUGCCCUUGAUAUCCACCUAAGGGUGGAUGGGACCUGACUGGCCUGGGUUCACUGCUGCCGAGUUGCUGGGCAACCUUGGACAAGUGACUUCGCCUCUCUGAGCCUCAGUUUCUCAGUCUGUGAAAUGGGGAUGUACUCACUGCCUCCUUUGACACAGUGCAAUGUUUUGUGAACAGGGAAUGUGAGAUUUUUUAAAUUGUUUAAUUAGGAAAGGAUCAUUGUCACUAGAAUCAGGACUCUUCCAUCUUUUAACAGAUCUACAUGAGACCCUGGGAGGAGAGGACAGACCAGGACACACACACACACACACAGUGAAUCCCCACGGCCACACACGAGGUCAGGGCUGGACCAGAGGAAGAGACGGGGCUGGGGGAGUCAGGGCAGGGGUGGUGGGUGUUCCGCCUGGGAUGGAAUGAUGAAUCCAUUCAGUUCAGUUCAGUUUGGUUCACCUCAAAAGCUGCCCGGAUGUGAGCCCCACUGUGGGUGGACACCAAUGGGACAUGAGUUCAUCUGGGAAGCUCUCUCUGAGGAGGAGACAACACAGCCAGGCUCUGAAAGAUUUUCUCAAUCCAGGAGCUCCUCUGUACAUUUCACUCAGGUCGCAAUUCCAAGGUCACCUCCUCCAAGAAGCCUUCCCUGACCACCUCAUCUACAGCAAGCAGAAUAAAGACACCGCCCCCCAAAGAUAUCCAUGUCCUAAUCCCCAGAACCUGUGAAUGUGAUACCUUACACAGCACAAGGGACUUUGCAGAUGUGAUUAAUUUAACAAUCUUGAGGAUCCUUAAAGAUUGAGGAUCUUUCAUUAAGUUAAUGAAAAUGGGGACUUCCCUGGUGGUCCAGUGGUUAAGACUCCACGCUCCCAAUACAGGGGGCCCAGGUUCGAUCCCUGGUCAGGGAACCAGAUCCCACAUGCCUGCUGCAACUAAGAGUUCGCAUGCCACAACUAAGGAGCCAGCAAGUCGCAACUAAGGAGCCCUCCUGCCACAACUAAGACCUGGUGCAACCAAAUAAAUAAAUAUAUUUUUUAAAGUUAAUGAAAAUGAAGUAGAGUUACAUUGUAUUAUCCAGGUGGCCCCAAGGUAAUCACAGGUGACCUUAUAAAAGGGAAGCAGGAGGUCAGAGGGAGACAGAGAAGGUGAUGU